CCUUGUCUCAAAUCCACCCUCCCGAUCUUGUUAUGGGAGGUUGAGCCAUAUAUUUAGAAACUGGGUGUAGAUGCAACAAGUGCCUGUUGCUUAUGUUUUGAGUUGGUGAAUUAUUUGUAUCAUCUCUAUUCUUCGAUCCGGUAAAAGUAAUUGUUCGGUCCAGUCAUAAAAUAAUCUAUGUAAUGUAAAAUCGUCAUCAUAACUUACUUCGACUGGAUAGAGAUCACAUCACAACACCUGUGACUGAUUUGUCAUAGCCACCCUGACCGUUUGAUGAACAAUUAGUGGGUUCAGUUACUUUUUAGUUUUAAGUACACUCUAAGAAUUGGAUUGGAUUAAUUAAAGGUUCGACUACAACAGAGAUUGUACAAACUUUGCGGAAAAGUGAAGACGGAAUGCUAGUCAAUAAUUAUUAUCAGUCAGCCGGAAAUGUAAGGACUGCAUAGUAAAUUGAGUCCGUCAAAUUCAUCGUCGUCGUUUUAGCAGUGAAAGUUUUUGCAAUACAAGAAUCAUAAUGACAAGGGACAGAUUAGCCGAAUUGCGGAAAAGGGCACACAUUUCACCGGAUGUGGACGGUGAUGGUGAUGCCACAGGGGGCGACAGUAACAAUUUCGAAGGAAACAAUGGUACAGCUUCCUACACAAGAACGGAUGGGACGGUCGUAUUGCAAAUUGAGAUGGCGAGAUUGCAUGGGAUGGACCAAUUUUUUGGACAGGUUGAGGAUCUCCGCAAAUUAAUAGAAGAACUUAAAACCGAUGUGAAAAGCGUUAGAACGCAUCACAGCGAUAUUUUAUCCAAACCAAUUCCAGAUGAAAAAAAGAAACAGGAACUUGACGCCUUGAUGUCCACAAUUAAAACUAGCUCUCAAGUCAUACGAGCAAAAUUGAAAGACCUUGAGAAAGGAAUAAAACAAGAGGAGGAAGAAAUCGAGAACGACGAAACGCCAGCCAGUCUCCGAAUUCGAAAAACACAACAUGCAUCCAUCCUUCGUGAAUUUGUCGACGUGAUGAAUGACUACCAAAAAGCGCAGGUUGAUUACCGAGAUAGGUGCAAGGCGAGGAUAAAACGGCAGUUGAAUAUUACCGAAGCCAGUUUCAGUGAUGACGAAAUCGAAAAUAUGAUUGAAGAAGGAAAUUUUUCAGUAUUUACGCAGGGUAUUCUCGUCCAGGCUGAAGAAGCUCGACAAAUGUUAGCAGAUGUUACUGCCCGUCACAACGAUAUUAUUAAACUUGAAAAGUCGUUAAAAGAUUUGCACGAUUUGUUCCUAGAAAUGGCUCUGUUGGUAGAAAGUCAAGGUGAAGUCGUCGACAGGAUAGAAACCCAAGUAACUUCUACGAGAGACUACACGGAGAAAGCAAGAGAACAGCUAAAACAAGCCGAAGUAUUACAGACCAAAGCAAGAAAGAAAAAAAUAUGGAUUAUUAUCAUUGUCAUAAUAAUUUUGAUAGUGCUCGGCCUAAUCAUUUAUUUCUCACUGCCUUAAGUUUUAUCUAUCUUUUUGAACUGAAGAAAUCGGUGCAACCAACCUGACCAACUAUAACAAUCAAUUAAAUUAUUACUACUUAAAUACUGCAAGAAAAGAUUUAUAAAUACCUACAUAAAUAUAAUCAUAUCAUGCUAUGUUCUACUUUUAGGUAAAAGUUGCCAAUUAAUAAUUUGUAUUUUGUCCUGCAUAAAUGAACUGUUCAAAACUAAUGUAAAAUUUAUUACAUUUUAAAUUAUUAAUUAUAACUUAGAUGGAAGAGAGUUAAAAUGUAAAAUAUUGUGUAUAAUAACAACAUAUAAACUAAUUAUUUAAAUUGUAGCAUUUCCAGCCUCAGCACAUUUCAUUGUCAUCCAUUCAUUUUAUUAAAAUGAU